AUUACAUUUUCAGUUUUUUUUUCAAUAUAAAUUUAAUAAAAUGCACAUAAUAUUUAAAAUUUCAAACGUAGCGAAAAAUUCCAUAAUAUUUGUGUUCCAAAAUAAGUUUUAAUAUUUGCCAUCUUUAUUCAAUUUCGCUAAAACACAACCCUGUCAAAACCUAAUAAUAGACAUUCUUUCUUGACAUUUUAGAAUGACAUUUAUUAGAGAAACUUGCGCAUAAACAUAAAUGUAAAAUUAUUUUGGAAAUUUUAGAAUUUUAUUUAAAUGUGAGAUAAAAGUAAACAUUAAUAAAGCGGGAAAAACAAUAAAUUUAUAGUUUUUUAGUUGUACUUUACAAUAAAUAAAAAAAUUGUUAAGAAGUUAUAAAGAAUUAUGGAUUCAGAAUUUGAUGCCGAAGCAUUCGAAAAAAAACUGACAACAUUGAAAGACACCCAAGAUGGAAUCCAACAAAUGUCUUCGUGGUGUUUACAACGGAGAAUUCAUCACAAAAAAAUAGUUAGUUGCUGGUUAAAUGUUUUUAAACAAGUUCGAGUGGAGCAUAGACUGAUCCUUUUUUAUUUAGCGAAUGAUGUUAUUCAAAACAGUAAAAGAAAACAUUACGAAUUUGUUGAUAGUUGGGUAACAGCUUUGCAAAAGGCAACAACAAUGGUUCGUGAUGAGAAGGUUCGGGAUAAAAUUUGUAGAAUAUUUAAUAUUUGGCUCCAAAGAGAUAUUUAUUCUGAAGAAUAUUUGAGCGAUCUAAAAGGUUUAUUAAAUAUCAAAAAACAUAGUAGUAGCAGUCACAGUCAAAACAAUCAAACACGCAUUCAUUCACAAUCUCAUCAGCACGACAACAAUAAAAGUAGCAGCAAUAAAAUUGAUAUAAAUAAUGAUUUUCAAAGCUCCACAUUGAUUAAAAGAGUAAAUGACUGUGUUAAAUAUGGUGCGGAAACUGAUAGAACAUUUAAAAAACUGCCACGCUCAAAUAAAUCCUAUUUGGAUUCCAUAAAAAGUAAUAUGAUUAAAGACAAAAGUCAUUCUGAAGAUAUAGAAAAAGAUAUAGAACAAUAUGUUAUAGCGCUUGAAGCGUAUAUUAAAAGUUUGAAAACUGAAAUCAAAUCUCGAAAUUGUUUAUUACGAAGUAUUGAAGAAGCGAAGGAUUUUUAUGGAAAUCAACGCGAGGAAGUAAAAGUUGUAGUCAAUGCCUACAAAAAUUUUGGUUUAAGAAUAAAAUCAGUUAAAAAAAAAUUAGAUGAUGUUAUGCCGAAUUUACCUAGUCCUAUUGUGUCCCCCGAUAUCAACGCUCCAAGUCCAGAGCCUGAUGCCGACAUUGCCUUACCUGAUGAUGACAACACGUUAAAUUUAAACCUCUUAAGUGCCGGUGGAUCAACAAGUUAUGUUAGUUAUAUGGAUGGCAAUUUACCUUUCGACAUUAAUGAUUUUAAAAGUGAAAGUAGUACAAAUAAACAGAUUAUAUCCCAGUUAGAUUUAAAUGCACAGGCAAUCGAGGUUAUUAGUACGAGAAAAGAAGAAAAAACCCAAAGGAUUGACUACGAACUCAAUACAUUUAGCUCUCCAAUUUCAAAGUUAUACUCAAAUGAUUAUAAUCAACCCGUGAACACCUUUAAUGCACCGGCACCCUUUGCGCUUAAUGUGACACAACAAUCUUCAUCAAUUCUACCAAAGUCGACAUUGAUACCUCCUCCGCCGAUUCCGCCAAUGCUGAACGAUCACUCAUUAGAAUUUCCGGUGGAUUGGAAUUCAUCUUGGAAUACUAGUAACAAUACUUUUAACAAUAUUAUUGAUACACCGGUUUCACCUCCUCAUUUUGAAAAGGAAGGAAACAAUUUAAGAGUGGUGGAAUAUGAUGAAGAAUUAGAUAACAUGGCUUUAUUUUCCGAAGAUAUUGACAACAGAAAUUUGUCUAUAAUAAAGGACAAAAAUAGGCUCAUAGAUGUUGAUCACCGAAAUCUAAUAUCACUUACAGGAUCACCGGGACUUAGCAAUUCAAAAGCAGAAGAAUUUGCUAAUUCAUUUCUUAACGAUGCUGACGAUUUAUUCCAACAAAAAGACGUUGAUUAUCGUACACAAGGUUUUAACAAUUCAAUCAAAAAUUCUGAAGGAAAUAUCAUGCCAUUAAAGCCACCAACAUCCUUAAUUGAAAUUGAGCAAACUUGUGCUGAAUCGGAACUUCCUAUAACGUCAUUGUCUCAAGCAAAUAAUGAACAAGGGUUUUUGAUUUCUCCUCCAACGAGUGUUGGAGGAAAAUGUGAUGAGAAUAGAGGAGGUAACAACGACAUAACAAUUAAUAUUCAAAAAGACAAUACUGAAAGUGUUGAUAUGGAUGUUUCCGACGAUGAUAUUGAAAAUUACAUUAAAGAUGUGGACAAGCAAAAUAUUUCCAAGAAAGAACACCAAAACAAUAUUUCAAAUUUAUGCGACAUCCCAAUUGAAUCUAAUGAUGAGCAAAUAGAUUUUCAAAUGCAGUACGGCGAUGUAGACUGCCAAAAUGAUAUCCAAAGUCAACUAGAUCAAACUGAGGCAAAUAAUUGUUUGUGGGAUAACAAUUGGAAACAACAUCAAAUGAAUCCAUCUAUUCGAAUGAAUCACCCACCCCCUCAACACAAUAUGAUUCCCAAACAAAGAUUUAAUUCACCAAGAUAUCGUGGAAAUAUUCCUGGUGGUCCAAGGUCUCAGAGCUUUCAAAACAAAUUUUAUAACAGUCCAGCAAAUUCAAUUAUGAAGUCUCAUAGAGGUUCCCCGUUUUAUUUCAAUAGAGGUGGAAGUGGCCAAAGAGGAAAUCCUAUCCAACAAAGAGGCGGAACAACGUUAGGUUUCCAAAGAGGAAAUUUUAGAGGAAGACCUUGGUAAUGUUAAUUUUCUUUGAGAAAAUGCUAUAGUUUUACUUCAUUAAAUUUAAUUUAGAUAUACAUAUAAUUAAAAUCAUUAAAAUUAUAAUUAAAAAAAUACAAGUAAGUUUUAGUUUGCAAUUUUUAAAUGACUAGAUUGAAAUAUGAUUUCUGAAAAAAAAAAACAAAUUCAACAAGGAAAAUGUUAAUAAAAAAUGAUCUUUUUAAUUUUAA